CACGACAGUUGAACAGCUCAAACACAAUCAUUUGCCGUUCUUUCUCUAUCUGCAGCUGGUAGCUUGUGCAGACUUUCCUGUCUCGCAAGCUCUUCCCAUCCAUGUAAAAGUGCGGACCAGUCCCUCUUCAUGGCCGCACCCUCGCCCAGGGUGCCGUCCGUCCACCACCACUGACCAUCUGUCCGCCCGUUCCUUCGACGCGCCCUCUUUUGCGCCCUCCCUUUCGCCUUCGCAUUCCUACACUCUUUCCGUCUACUUGUUGGAUGGUAUGGCGGACUACCACGAUCCUGGAGGCCUCAUCCUGGACGGGCCUUUUGACCCUGACGCCCAAGCCACUGUCACCGACUACAUUGACUACACCGAGUAUCUGCCCGCCGACCUCCUUCGUUCCCUCACCCUGAUCCGCGGCCUCGAUGAGCGCUAUCUGGACGCUACGCAGGGCGUUCACGAGUUGACAAAAACAUAUGGCCGCCUUCCUGACCUUCCUUCCGAUCAUCGUCCCGAUGCGCGCGAUCUGCGCAAGGACAUCUCCGCCCAGCUCGAUCGCGCCAUCAACGCGCGCGAGUCCGCCUACGCCGAAGCUUGUCGCCUAUACGAGGUCAUUGAUCGUCAUUACAGUCGCCUCGACUGCAUCAAGCGCAAGCUAGAGGCACUUCCCAAACCCGCAUCGCGCGAACCCACACCGCCCCCGGCCCCUCCUGUCCAGAGCAUCGCAACCACCAAACGCGGCCGAUCGGUCAAGCAAGUCGAUGAGAAUGCCGUCGCUUUGGUGCCUCCGACGACGCGCAUCACUUUGCGCCUCGAUAGCCGAGAGGGUAGCCGCACCAGUGCGCAGCCCAAAUCGCGGACUCGUCGGUCGCUUAUCGCCGCCGAACAUUUGACCGACUUCAACCCUGACUCCCCGAUCGCCAGUACAGAACACUCGGAUGACGAGGCAGACGCUCCGGCAGCAUCCCCCGACUCUCAACCAAAAGCUGCCGCUGCUCCCCUUUCUGCUGCUACAACUGACUCCUCGACCCCUACCACUGCCACCACACCUGCCAAAGAGAAGAAAACCGCUCGGCGUUCGCGUCUGUCCGGACUGGGCCCUGGCGUUCCGGGUACCAGUGGGCCUUCUAUAUCCACCAGUAAUGCGCUGGCUAUGCUCAAACCACCCCCCGAAGACGCCAAGCCGGGCAGCGAGGACAUGCCGUGGUUGCGGCUGACUGAGUGGGAGAUGACCAAGCUUCGCAAGAAGAUGAAGAAGAAUUCAGUCUGGCAGCCGAGUGAGGUUAUGAUUCAUCGCGAGUUGGCACUCCGUGGUCGCGGCUGGGAGGCUUACAGGAACGCUAAGGCACAGGCUGAUGCGUCCGGGGCUGAGUUCCUUGACUGCGACGACAUCAUGAACACAUACAUUCCUGGCAAACUAAGCAAGCGCGGCGAAGCACCCCUGGACAUUGAGGCGCCGUUUGAGACUAAGUUGAGUAACAGAGGUAUGAAAUUAAAUGAGGCGAAGAAGCUCAAGCGAGAGAACCAGGCGCGUGAGCAGGCGGCGGCGGCAGCAGCUGCUGCCGCCGCCGCCGCCGCUGCAGGAGAUAACACAACAGUCAAGAGCCCGAACCGGCCGACCCUAACACUCAAAGGUCCUACUGCUCCUGAGGCAACACCGGCUACAGGCAAGCCAAGUCGCUCUGCUGCAAGGAAGCGUAAAGCAGACCAAGCAUCACCGCCAGAGACAACGUCUGCAGCUCCUGCUGCCCCUGCGUCUGCUACCCCUCCUGCUCCUGUUACUGUGACGUCUCCUAGUUCCAUUGUGUCCAAUGCUUCUGUUGCCCCCACUACUUCGCCGGUUGCCUCUGCUGGUCCAGCGGAUUCGGAAGCUCCAGAAGCUCUAGAGGCAUCAAAAACCGGGGAGGCCCAGAGGGUUUCGGAGGCUCUAACGGCGCCUGCUGAUAUCACUACUCCGGCUGAGGGAGAGACACGAACCUCACUGCGCAGUGCCAGCAAACGUCGUCGGAUCAGCAAAGAAUCGUCGAUAUCUGUUGAGAGCAGUAAGACCAUGCCCAAUCAAGCUCCAUCGGUUGUGUCAAAUACUGCUGCGGCCGAGCCAGCUGAUACGCAGAAGCCAUCAAUCCUGUCGUCCCCAGUCAGCACCAAACGAUCAUUGCCCCCUCCUGCUGCAGCUAGCACCGGUAAAGCAGCAGCAGCAGCCGAUACGCCCACACCUCCAGUUACUCGACCCCCAUCCCGUCGAGGGGCAGCCCUGUCAGCAGAACCGGUUACCAACGCAAGUACUUUGCCGACAACUGGCCGCGAGCUUCGUCGGAAAAGCGCUACGCCUGCGCGGCGCACUCCUGUACCGGAGGGAGCCCGCGCCACUAGUGUCAGCGCACCGCAUCGCAAACGCAAACGUCCUGCCCCGGGUCCCGUAUCAUCAGGUCAGGAUGGUGGAGCCGCAGUCAGCUACGGCCGACGUAAGGCUAAGCCAAGCAAGAAGCGCAUCAAUCUUCUUGGGGGAGAUUUGUUGAACCGCGACGAUAUUCGCAUUGACGAGGACGGUGUUCUGGAGGAGAUCGACCCGAAUGAGCCGCGAUACUGCAUUUGUGGAGACGUGAGUUUCGGGACCAUGAUCUGCUGCGAGAAUCCCGAUUGUGACCGCGAAUGGUUCCAUCUGAAUUGUGUAGGUCUGUCGGAAGUGCCUAGUCGGACUGCGAAAUGGUACUGUCCGGAAUGCCGCGUGAAGUUCAACAAAGGAGUGGAUGGGAUUGUGAAGAUUAACCCACGGCGUUAACGGUUCGUUUUGGAAACCGUCUAUUACGUCCAUCUUGUUUCACCCCCUCUCCCUCCUCGAUUCUUUCGUGGAGAAAGAUCUCUUACCAUUCAAUGUAGUGGUGGCCAUGUGCUACGAGACCACGAUCUGUCACUUUCUCGCUCCCAUAAAUCUCGUUCUUAAUGUCUUCUCGGUUCCUAAUCUGAGGGGUUGUUUUCCAAUGUUUCCUUUGUGAUUCGCAGCGCGGCGAAAUGCUCGAGCGGGAGUUUGAGGGAGUUUGAUUUCAUUGUUCGUAUUGGUGAUACCAUGACAGACAGACAGGAGAAUGUUCGAUUGAUGUUGUUGGGUAGUUCAUACUAUUUACCUCUUACUUUCUCUUUCUUUUUGAUUUCCUUCCUAUGUGUUAGGCUUGCUCUCUCCUUGCAGAAGAAAUAUGGAUAUCUACAGUACAAUUGAC